AUGCGCUCGCCCCGAUGGGCCUCCCACUUGCUGGCGGCCAUGGCGGCCCUCUCCAGCAUUGCCGCCGCCCAGCGCACCUAUGCAAACUACACCAGCAACGACAUGGUGCAGGACCCCUUCUCCAUCUAUGACGACCGCCCCGACGGCUGCCCGCCGUGCUUCAACUGCAACCUCGAGCAGUUCCCGUGUCAUCAAUUUGCCGGCUGCAGCAAGAACAACGGCCGCUGCGUCUGUCCGCCUGGCUUCGGCGGCAACGACUGCUCUGAUCCCGUCUGCGGCUCGCUCGCCGACGGCAGAGACAGGGCGCCUCGCCAGGGCGCACAGUGCGACUGCAAAGAGGGCUGGGCAGGCAUCAAUUGCAAUGUCUGCACCACCAACCAGGCUUGCAACGCCCUGAUGCCCGAGGGCAUCGAUGGAGUGUGCUACCGCGAGGGUCUCGUUGUCAAGGAGAACUACCAGAUGUGUGACAUCACGAACCGCAAGAUUCUCGACCAACUGAAGGACCAGAAGCCGCAGGCUACAUUCUCGUGCAACGCAGAGACCGAGGAGUGUAAUUUCCAGUUCUGGGUCGAUCAGAAGGAAUCUUUCUACUGCUCCCUUGAUACCUGCGGCUUCACUUGCUCGUGUAUCCCUGGGCGUAUGCUUUGCGGAGAGGAAGGCUCUAUCGACAUUGGCGAGUUCUUGGACGAGUCCAUCAAGGGCCCGGCCACGUUCAGGACUAUCUCGACCGAUGGUGGCAGCAGCGAGGAUGGCAGCAUUUUCUCUGAGCCGGCCAUGAACGACUUGAUCGCAAGCGUCUUUGGUGACGAGAGCAUUACCCUGCGCUGCCACUCCGGCGAGUGUCUGCACGAGACCGAGGUUCCCGGUUAUGAGCGCCCGGUGAAGGCAAUCAACUCUCGUUUGAUUGCUGGCGUGAUCGCCGGUUGCGCUUUGUUCCUUGUGGCCGUCAUUCUCGUCGUAUGGAUUCUUUCUAGGAGGAGCGCCGCGCGCGGUUGGGGCCCUAUUCAUUUGACCGACGAUGAGGAUGACGAGGCCAUGAAGCUCAUUGCCGACCACAAGCCCGCUGCGCUGCAUUUCGAAAACGUGUCAUACCAGCUCAAUGGCAAGCAGAUCCUCAGCAACAUUCAGGGCUCCGUCCGCCCUGGAGAACUAAUGGCGAUCAUGGGUGCUUCUGGUGCUGGCAAGACUACUUUCUUGGAUAUCCUGGCUAGGAAGAACAAGCGCGGUCGCAUCUACGGCGAUAUUUACGUCAACGGCGAAAAGAUUCCGAACGAUGAUUUCAGGAGCGUCAUUGGAUUUGUCGAUCAGGAGGACGCUCUCCUGCCUACUCUGACCGUUCAUGAGACGAUUAUGGAUUCUGCCCUACUCCGCCUGCCAAAGGAAAUGAGCCGCGCUGCAAAGGAACAGAGGGUCGAGGAUGUCGAGAAACAGCUUGGUAUCUACCACAUUCGCCACCAGAUGAUCGGCUCGGAGGAAGGAAGUGGCCGUGGCAUCUCGGGUGGUGAGAAGCGCCGUGUCGGAAUUGCCUGCGAACUGGUCACGAGCCCCAGCAUUCUGUUCCUUGACGAGCCCACCAGCGGUUUGGAUGCCUACAAUGCCUUCAACGUUGUCGAGUGCCUGGUCGAUUUGGUCAAGACGUACAACAGGACUGUGGUCUUCACGAUCCAUCAGCCGAGAUCGAACAUUGUCGCACUUUUCGACCAGCUCAUCCUGCUUGCCAAAGGAAGGACUGUCUACUCCGGACCUUUUGCGAACUGCCAGGCCUAUUUUGACAAUAUUGGAUAUUCCUGUCCUCCUGGAUUUAACAUUGCCGAUUUCCUCGUCGAUCUCACGAUGCACGCUUCUACACCUCGAGUCCCGAUUGAUGAGAACAGCUCUCUCUUUGCACCUCGCGAUGAUAUCCCAACUAGGGCCAGCAGUGCAAUUGGCGUGAAGUCAAUCCCGAGCAUUUCCAACGUAAGCAUCGAUCAGGAGCAAGGUAGCGAGUCAGCAAGCUCUAGGCCCAGGAAUAAGAGGAAGACUUCGAUCAGACAGCAGCAGGAACGCCAGCUCUACACGCGCAAGAAGAGCAACUAUGAGCAGCCUCCAACGCCUAAGACCGACGAUGAGUCGAUUGCUGAUACUGAGAGAGACAAUAUCCGCCUUCACCGACAGCAGGGGGCUCCGCCGCCGCAGAUCCUGGAAGACCCUGAUCAAAUCCUCCCGGCUGCCGAGGGAAGCACUGGUACUGAUCUCGACACCCUCGUUGCGACCUACUCUCGCUCGGAUGUUGCCGAGGCUCUUCACGAGGAAAUCUACACGAUUAUCAUGACUGCCCAGAGCUCGAACGGACACAAUGAUUCCAACUCGGCGAAUGGCAGCUACAAGGUUAAGGGCUACCGCAAGGUUGGUGUGAUCAGCCAGUUCGUGAUCUUGUCCAAACGGACCUGGCGUAACCUUUACCGGAACCCGCUGCUCAUGCUUACCCACUACGCCAUCGCAAUCGUUCUUGCUGUCCUCAUCGGCUACCUCUUCUAUGGUCUCACGGACGACAUCAAGGGUUUCCAGAACCGCUUGGGUCUGUUCUUCUUCUUGCUCGCUCUUUUCGGUUUCAGCACGCUUACGUCGCUUACCGUUUUCGCUCCCGAGCGCCUAAUUUUCAUGCGCGAGCGUGCCAAGGGCUACUACAAGCCCAUCGCUUAUUUCGCUUCGAAGGUGCUGUUCGACAUCGUCCCGCUGCGUCUCGUACCGCCGAUCAUUAUGGGUGCCAUUGUGUACCCCAUGACUGGUCUCAUUCCAGCUGCGGCGGAGUUUUGGAAGUUCAUGCUGUUUUUGACCUUGUUCAAUCUGGCUGCGGCGAACAUCUGCCUCUUCAUCGGUAUCGUCGUAAAGAACCAGGGUGUGGCAAACCUCAUUGCGACGCUGGUAAUGCUGUUCUCGCUGCUGUUUGGUGGAUUCCUCCUUAACCACGAGACCAUUCCCAAGUCUGCUUUGUGGUUGCAGUCGCUGUCCAUCUUCCACUACGGUUUUGAGGGUCUGAUUGUCAACGAGGUCAAGUACCUCUCCUUGGUGGAUCACAAGUAUGGCCUCGACAUCGAGGUUCCCGGCUCGGCUAUUCUUAGCAGCUUUGGAUUCAACGUCCUUGCGCUGUGGCACGAUGCCAUUGGACUUGCCGUCUUCUGCGGCGUGUUCGUUGUCCUCGCAUACGCGAGCAUGCAUCUGCUGCUUGUGGAGACUAGGUGA